CCUUAUUUUGAUAUAUCUCUAAUCUUCAACAGCUUAAUAUCUGGUUAUCUUUAAAUCCAGCUUUUGAAGCCAUUCGUUGUGAUCGAACUACCGUGAAGCUGUUACCUGAAAUGCAGAUUAUUAGCACCAUGAGACCACUAUCGAAAUAUCAUCCUCAAAAAUGGAACCUCUUCAAGAAGCCCAGCAGUCAAAUAAGUCCAAUGUUGUUUUUUGUAUAUCUUCUGAUAGUUUCAUUGGAUGUAAUCGAGUCACAGUUUCUGGUUAAUACACUGCCAGGAUUCGAUGGCGAUCUUCCUUUCACACUUGAAACUGGUUACAUUGGGGUAGGAGAACCGGAUGAUGUGCAGUUGUUUUACUACUUCAUUGAGUCUCAAGGAAACCCGAAAGAGGACCCUCUCAUGCUUUGGCUUACUGGAGGCCCGGGCUGUUCUGCUCUUUCCGGCCUUUUGUUUGAAAUAGGCCCGUUCACUUUUGACUAUGCAAAGUCCACUUUAGAGAAGCCGAUACUUGAGAUAAACCCUUAUAGUUGGACAAAGGCAGCCAGCAUAAUAUUUCUUGAUCAACCUGCUGGCUCUGGAUUCUCUUACGCAAGAUCCCCCCAUGCUUACACAACUAAUGAUGCACUGUCAACGAAGCACGCAUACAGUUUUUUGAAGAAGUGGCUUGUGGAUCAUCCUAAAUUCCUCAACCAUGCCUUAUAUCUUGGCGGUGAUUCCUACAUGGGCAUAGUUUUACCUAUGAUCGUUCAGGAAAUAUAUAAUGGUAACAAAGUUAAAGAAGAAAUAAAGAUCAAUCUCAAAGGGUACAUACUUGGCAAUCCUUUAACAGAUACAAGUGGCAAUUAUAACGCAAGAAUACCAUUUGCUCACAGAAUGGCACUCUUAUCGGAUGCAAUCUAUAAGUCGGCUAAUGAAAAUUGCCAUGGUGAUUACUUAAAUGUGGCUCCCAACAAUGGUUGUUGCCUUCAUGAGCUUAUAGUGCUAGAUAAGUGCAUUGGACACAUUUACAAGCCACAAAUUUUAGAGCCUUAUUGUGACACUACAAAUUCCUUGAAAUCUGAUCUCUUCAGAAGGGCGUUAAGAGCUUUUGACUACACCUCUGUCAAUAUUUUGGGGUUACCUCAAGUUCAGAAACAAGGGUGUCGGGAUGACAACUAUAUAUAUUCCUCUGCAUGGGCUAAUAGCAGAGACGUGCGAGAAGCUCUUCACAUUAGUGAGGAAUUUAGUGAUAUUGAGUGGGUGCGAUGCAAUGAAACCUUGUUUUUCGAAUAUGGCGAGGAAGCCAUAUCUUAUACGCAUAAUGUUUUGAGUACCGUUGAUUAUCAUCGACGUUUUGCUGAUAAAAAUUGCCGCGCUCUUAUAUAUAGUGGAGAUCAUGACAUGGUUGUUCCAUAUUAGGGUACACUUAAGUGGAUUCAAUCACUAAACUUACCGGUUCUUAAUGAUUGGAGACCUUGGUUUGUCGACAAACAAGUAGCUGGAUACAUGAUAAAAUACUCGAAAGAUGACUACAAUUUAACAUUUGCCACUGUAAAGGGAGGAGGUCACACGGCUCCAGAGUACAAACCUAAAGAAUGUUUAACCAUGCUUAUGAGAUGGUUUGUCAAUGAUUCAUUAUAAGUAGUACUCGUAAUAAUAAUAUGAAGAGUUAGAUUUUUGGUUUUUGUGUUGCAUGUUGUAUUAUGCCCUGUGUAUUCACCAUUCUUAGACCCGAAUGGAUACACAAUGUGUAAACACUAGUUUUGAGAAAUUUUGUAAUGUUAUUGACUAUAACAAAACGGAGUUGGUGCA